AUGCCAAGAGAUGCGUACUACGUCUCCUCCAGCAGCUAUGUCAUUCAGAGUGUCCGGGAUGAGUCUGGGCAGCUUCGAACUAAAGUGGAUGAGAACCGCGGCCUGUGGACCAACAUUCCGGGGCUCAAAGGUGGCCAGAGUUCUUCUUCCUCUGAAGCCAGCCAGGGGAUGCGCCAGGCGCAGCAGGAGAUGCGGCAAACGCAGGCCCAGAUUGACCAGGCCAUGGACGAGAUGAACCAGGAGAUGUCUGCCGUCUUUGGGUCGCCGAUGAUGAGUCUAUACGGCUUCUGA